CGGAAUCCCAACAUGAGAUCACUUGUCGAUUGAAAUUUGUGCUGUGAAAAUGAGAGUGAUAAUUGUGGCGCUUCUGGCGAGUGUCGUUCGGGCUGAGUGGUAUACUAAUGGGAAUUUCUACCAGAUCUACCCCAGAUCCUUCAUGGAUUCGGAUGGCAAUGGGAUCGGGGAUCUCAAUGGCAUCACACAGAGGCUGCAGUAUGUGAAGGAUCUGGGCAUGAGCGGCACGUGGCUGUCGCCCAUCUUUAAGUCCCCCUUGAAAGACUUUGGCUACGACAUCUCGGAUUACAACAGCAUUCAACCCGAGUAUGGCUCGAUGGAGGACUUUGAGGCUCUAAUUGAGAAAGCCGAGGAAAUUGGGAUCAGGAUCAUCCUGGACUUCGUGCCGAAUCACACCAGCGAUCAGCACGACUGGUUCCAGAAAUCCGUGCGCAGGGAAACUGGCUUUGAGGACUUCUACGUGUGGCAUCCGGGUAAUGUUAACAAGACUGGACACCGUGUUCCGCCCACGAAUUGGGUGUCCGUGUUCAGAGGAAGUGCCUGGACGUGGAAUGAGGAAAGAGGAGAGUACUUCUACCACGCUUUCCUCAAAGAGCAGCCGGAUCUGAACUACAGAGAUCCCAAACUCGUGGAAGCAAUGAAGGAUGUGGUGAGAUUCUGGAUGAGGAAAGGUGUAUCUGGCUUCCGAAUCGAUGCUAUUCCGUAUCUCUUCGAGGUGGCGCCAGAUAGCGCUGGAAAUUACCCCGAUGAGCCCCUCACGGGCCCCUCUUGUCCCGAUCCCACCUAUGAUUGCUACACAAAGCACAUCUACACGCAGAACCUGCCCGAGACCUGGGACAUGAUUUACCAGUGGCGAGAAACGCUGGACGAGUACUCCAGUAUGACCAAAACCGAGACGAAGAUCAUGAUGAUUGAAGCCUACACGCCUCUGAACAACAUCAAGUACAUCUUCAGCGAUGGUCAUGGCAGGAAAGGAGCUCAGUUGCCGUUCAAUUUCGAGCUGAUCAGCAAUGUGAAUGGCAAGUCGUCGGCCAAGGAUGCCAAGCACUACAUCGACGCCUGGAUUGAUCGAUUGCCUGAAGGGGAGGAGAACAACUGGGUAAUGGGAAAUCACGAUAAUAAGAGAAUUGCCACGAAAUUCGGGAUCGACAGAGCGGAUCUCAUCAACGUGAUGCUGCAGACCUUGCCAGGCAUCGCUAUUACGUACAAUGGUGAGGAAAUGGCACUUCUGGACGUGUACAUCAGUUGGGAGGACACCAUUGAUCCCGCGGGAUGCAACACCAGCCCUGAUGUGUACCUGGACUACUCCAGAGAUCCCAAUCGCACUCCCUUCCCCUGGAAUGCCAACAAGAACGCAGGCUUCUCGACGGCCGACAAAACGUGGCUUCCGGUGUCGCCAGACUACAAGCAAGUGAAUGUAGAGGCGCAGGAAAACUCUCCUGUCAGUCACCUGAAAAUCUUCAAGAAGUUGACGAAGAUGCAUCAACACGAGAGAGCUUUCACGGAGGGAAAGCUGAGGAUGAAGCUCGUGGGAGCGGAUAUUCUGGCCUACGAGAGGAGAGUUCCAGGCACGAAGCCUUCAGAGAACUUUGUCGUGAUUCUCAAUUUCAGCAACAACACGCGCAAGAUCAACAUCCACGAUAUGUUCCCGCAAAUGUCCGAGACGUACAAGAUUGAGGUGGUCUCGCUGCACUCAUCACACAAUGAGGGGGAUAAAAUUGAUGGACGCAACUUUGAAGUGAAACCCAACGAAGCUUUCGUACUUCGUGGAGAAGCUUCAAGACUUUAUUCAUCUUUGAUUUUACUCUUCACACUCUUGUCAGCUUCCAUCAUUGGUUGAUUUCAGUUCACAGCAUUUCCUGUAAAAUCUUAUGCAUUAAAAUUCGUGUCUCUCCUA